GUCGUAAGAAGUCAAGAUGUCUGCCACUCGGUUUGAGUACGUUCCUGUUGUGGAAGUUUCUUCUGACAACUUUUCAGAAGUGUGGCCUUUCAUGCUUCGCGCGAUAAAAAAAUCUUCCUUCGUGGCUGUGGACACGGUACGUAUAAAGGGGAAUGACUUUACGCGAUUUGCGAGGACAUAGUUUUAUUACAGCUAAGUUUCCACUCUAUAAAAUUCGAGAUUGCUUCGAAUCUCUCAAUUUAAGACAAAGUUUUCUUUUUUUAUGAGGAAAAUUUAAAAAAAAAAUCAUAGGAUAAGAACUAUUUUUUCUGUAAUUUAAACAGGCAGUUUGAAUUUACGAGAACAAAAUCUUAUUCUAUGAUUUGUUUUAAAUUUUUUUCUUAAAAUAAGAAAUUCCGAAUUUAGAGUGUUCGUUUGGAUCAAGUUUCCUAUAAGUGCAAGCAAAGUUGGAAAGAUAAUAUACUGAAGGUCUUAUAUAUCAUAAAUUUAACUUGCUUAUUUUUAAGUUUUCAUUGUUUCUUCCUUUAGGAAAUGAGUGGUAUUGGAGACAGGAAGCAACUUAUGUCACAGUGAGUACUAAAGAAAAACCGUCAUGAUCAAUCUUACCGUAAAUCCUCCAUUAGCUCCCCCCCCCCCCCCCCAAAUAAGCUCCCUCCCUCUAACAAGCUCCUUUUUUCAGUGGAAGAAAGUUAAUACCUCCCCCCACCUCUCUCUAUUGUGGUGGGUAUGAACUGGCAGAUGCAUAUAACAGUGGCUAACAGUUAUGAAACCUUCCUGGGGGAACAUGUCCUCGGACUGCCCUACAAGUUUGUGUCUCCAGCACUCAAUGUUUGCACUCUGCAUCCAGUACCCCCAAAUGCUACCGAAAACCCUGGGGAGGGGACUCCUCAUAUGAAAGGGGUGGGGAUGCUUGUUCUCUUGCUUAGGGGUGUAAAUUUCAGAUUUUAGUCUCACUUAGGGUGUUCUGGGCAAACCCCCUUCAUAUUUAGCCAUGAAGGUCUCGUUUAGGGUUGCACGCGAAAAAAUACAAAAAUAUAUAUUUGAUAUGUAUAUUUUAAAUUUGUUUCAUUUACUCUAUUCACAUAUAUAAAUAUCCAAGUUUUCUCAUUUGUCUGUGUUUUAACAUGGUCUCUUUUAGAGGUCAAAAAAGCUUGCGCCCCUCCCAGAUUGGUCUCCUUUAGGGCUUUAAUUCAAAAUUUCCGACAAGUAUCCCCACCCCUUUCAUAUGUGGAGUCCCCCCGCCUCCCGGGCCGAAAACCCUCUUUGUAUAACAUGCAUUAUGCUCAAUGAAACUCAUAAACUUGUUUUUAAUUUUUUAUUCCACAGAUUUAUUGAGGACAGGUACAAAUACAUGUGUGAAGUUGCCCAAUCCAGAGCAAUACUUUCUCUAGGAAUUUCCUGUUUUAAGUUGAAGAAGUUAAAGCCCCACAAGGAGACAAAACACAAGGAAUCAGAUGAGAUACUUAAUGUCAAAGUCAACACUUUUAAUAUUGUUGUUCUUUGUUUGGAAAAUUUUAUUGUGGAACCAGCUUCGUUAAAGUUUUUGGUUGAGCAUGGAUUUGAUUUUAACAAACAGUAUUCCAGAGGAGUGCCCUACAGAAGAGGAGACGAUCAGGUGAGUGUGUAUUUUCCUCAGAAGGUUGGAAAGAAAUUUAAAAGUGCAACAAUAACACACCUUACUUGCAUAUCCUGAUUCCCUAUUAAUUGUGCCCUCUUAGUAUGUGUGUGUGUGUUGGGGGUGGGGGGGGGGGAGCAAGAUGCAUCUGGUCUGAUUUUAGAAACCUGUUUGUAUUCUGUCGGUCAGUAUGUUACUGUUUCACUUGUUUUCAUUGCUUCAAUUUUAUCUUUGUUUCAUUUGUGGCUAUUUUAUUAAUUUUAUUCUUUUGUCACUGUUUUAACCCAUUGACGUCCAGGACUUUUUAUGUUUUCGAGUGAUUUUCUACAUGCACACAAUCCAAACAAUUUCGUGACUCCAAAUUUGGGGCUACCAUGGAAAGUGGUACUGUCCUAAAACGUUGAAGGCUCGAGUUUUCUGACCAUGUCAUUAUGAUGUAGUCAUUUUGCCUUGUUGAGCUAAAAUAAUGUCUCAAGUAUAUGGUUUGUAUGCGAUUUUUGGUAAGGGUACAGUCAAUUUCAUCUUUAGUGGCUGCCUGAUAAAUAUCAUUAAGCAUGACGGCAGUGAAGAGUCCACUUUCUCAAAGAAGCAAGUAAGGUGAUGUACUUUGUUUGCAAAUUUGGCUUGUUCCUUGUGGAACUGGAAAAAUGGCCCCUCCGAAUUGAAGUUGCUAUGGGACUCAACUACUGAUGAAUUUCUUGACCUGCUACUGCAUAUUUUGGAACUUACAACCACUGGAAAUCACAACAAUUUCGAAAUUUCUGUGGUAGGUCGGAGUGGCCGUGGACUUAGUAUAAACAUGGAAAAAGUGGGGGAAGGAAUGAACCGUGUCAAAAAUUCUGGCUAUUUCCCAGCAUGCAUUGCAGUCGUAAUGUUGAAAAUGGAGGCAAGGCCAGGAUGCACUAGAACAAAAGGUUGUAGCUCAGCCUUGGAAACGACUAAGAACAAAAAAGGCACUUCUAAGCUAAGACAAGGACUGAAUCUUACUGUGAAUGUCGACUUUUGGUUUUGCAAUGAUGAUCUCUGUAGAAAACCUGAAGGUAUAAAACAUGAUUUUUGUCGUUUUUCUAUGACUUUGAAAAUGGUCAUUUUUGUUCUUGUCCAAAUUCAAAAAGUGAUAUUUUACAAAAAAGCUGACUUUUUGGCAUUUAUUGGAUAUCGCAAUUUUAAGGACAUUCUACUCAAUGCUCAGAACUGACAGUUAAGGCAAUGUUCAUGUGAUCGAGAAAACUGCAAAUGUCUUAAAGCAGCCUUGUAGGGUCAGUUGGCUGUCAGUGGGUUAAAGCAAUCUUUACCGUAACAGGGCCUCAGUAAUAUUACUGCUCAUGGUCAAGCCUUUAGUUAAAUAAUAUGGCAUCUUUAAUAUUAUAACAUACUAGUAAAUUAAUUUUCUUUGAUGUAUAACCAAAUUUCAUGAUCAUGUGAAAAAUGCGCACACCCUCAGUUUUGUCAGCAAAUGUGUUUUGAAAACCUAUUAGAGUGUCAAACAAAAUUAAUUAGAAUUACUGUGGUUUCCCUUCAAUCACUUCUUCAAAGCAGUCUGUACAUACAUGUAACUUUUACCUUAUUUGUUUACACAAUCUGCUAUGCACACAAAUGAAGUGGCCUGGAAAAAUCCUUUUGUGCAUUAUGCACCUGCUAGUACGGCUUGUCAUUAUUAACAUUGUAGAGACUUUGAUGUUUUUAAAUGAAUACAAAACAUUUUUCUGUUUGUCUUGUUUAGAUUGUCAACAAUAUGUCAGAACAUUCUCUGAGAAAUCUUUUCAGUGAACUCGUCAUGGCAAAUAAGCCACUUGUUCUGCACAAUGGAUUCUUAGACCUAGUGUUCCUUUAUGAGAAUUUCUACUGCAAAGUGCCAGACAAACUGCAGGUGUUUACUGCUGAUGUGUCCGACAUGUUUCCAGCAAUAAUAUUUUUUGAUUUUAUCUAUACUGUUUUUGUCUUUUGUGUUUUUGACGUAACUGAGAAUCUUUUGCAGUACCAUAUAUCUUUUCUUUUUGCUUUGUAGUCAGCGAUGUAAUGAGCGCAGCCAAAAGCAUGAGGAAAAACACGUGUGCUUGAAAUUUCCUGAAGAAGCCUCACUUUUAUGUUUUACUGAGGAAUUGUUCUGUGGCGCACGUGAUGAAACUGAGGCUGUUCCUAAUGUUUUCACUGUCUGUGAGAAGUUUGCAGUAAGUUUAUCAUAGAAUACUUUUCAAGUGAUUGUUGUCAUCAGCCUAUUUUUGAAAAAAAUUAUUUUGGCCUAAACAAGAUGCCAGGACAAUGUAUCAAAUGCCCAUCAGAUCUUGACAAGAAUACUAACCUCUUGUUGCAGGAAAAUACUUCAGAUACUUUUGUGUAGGCAAGUCACAAUUGGCCUUGGUGAAUGUGUUUCUUCUCGCGAGAAAGUGUUAGAGUUUUUGUAGCCAUGCCAUCACAAUUUGUGUCAAUAAGCAUAAAACAACUGCCAAAAAGCACUUUCAGGACUUAUAGUCUGGACAGUUUCACUUGAAAAAGACUGCUAAUUUGAACUGUUGGACAUAUUUUCUAAGAUGCUGUUUUGCAUUAGUCUGAAAUGCUGGUCGUCUCUUCGCCCCACCCCCCACCCCCCAACGGGUGGCCAAUCUCCCUAGUCUUGUAACCCAUUUGGGGGGAGGGGGUGGGGUUACAUGAAGAGAUGGCUGAAAUUUCAACUACCGGUAGUUUGGAAUAAGCAUCUGUUCAGCUUCCGUUUAGGGAGUCAUAUUUUAUGACUGAAAUAGUACUAAUGUUCAGGCUUUUCAGGAAUUUCAAGCUUCUAUUUCCUGCUUGAGCAAUAAACGCUUAUCAACGUAAGCUGUUUAUGUAGAGUAUUGCUGUUUCAGUGAAAGGACUUAAGGAAGUGCUUCUUUUUGAUUCUCCACAGGCUCAUGGAUUUUGCCCUCGAGAAAAAAGCUGCCCCUUUUCACAUGAUGUUGAUGAUGUUUUGGAUCGAGAAUGGAAAGCAAGAGAAUCAAAGAGACAAAAAAGGAAAAGAAAACAAAAAAGCUCAGGUGAUGGAUGUGGCGUGCAUGUGUAUGUGCCUAACAGUCCCUUCUCUGUUAAUAUGAAACACAAAGUAAACAAAGAUAUGCACAUAAAGAGAGAACUUCAUAUGAAUACGGAUCCAAAAACUAAAAAUAUGGUGACUUUUCCAGCACUAGACCUUCAUCAGUUCGUUUGUCUUAGCCUUUUUAAAGAGCAAAUGUACUUUAUCAAUGAUCAACCUAGUUUUCGCGUUUUUCUUUGGUUUUGACAAAUUCCCAGAAUAAUCUUUUCAAAUAUUGUAGUUUAAUCGAUUGAUGGGCGACUUCUUAUCAAAUCCAAUCAAUAGGAAAUGUUUACAGUCUAACCCCAUGUAAUAGUCUUUUUUAAUAUAUGAAUUUAUUUUCACACAGGCAAUAAUGCAAAUGACACACAAACGGCCUGCAAUAACAGUGUGAUGGCAGAGGAUAAAUCUGAGCAUUCACUCACUUGUGAUAAGCAGGAAGGUUGCGUGACGUCAUCGCUAGAUGGCCACGUGAAUCAAUCCAUCAAAAAGACUCGUAACUGCGGACACAGGGCGGGAUUUGAUGCUUUUAUGACAGGCUAUUGUAUGACGACAUAUCUUCUUCAACUUGGCAAGAAAAAUGACGAAAAUAAACUUAGCCUCUCCUCGCUGGGGGAAAUUGCAAACAAAUUGAGCCUCGCAAAGAAGGACGUCCCUCUGCAGAUUGCGCGGAGUCAUUUUUCCAAGCCUUCACCAUUGCACACAGAAAAACUAAAACGACUGAGAGAAAAUUGCGCUUCACAAAGUCUGGACCAGUAAUUUGGACAGUUUGCACCUCAAGUCAGAAUCGGA